UCAUGGGCUCUCUCUUUCUCUCCAUCUCUACCUCUCGAUCUCAUAGCGCUAGCUAGCUAGUCACUUCCACCGGAGUUAGUUAGCUAGCUAGCCAGUGUAAUUCCAGAGAAGGAGCUCGGGUUCGUCUUCUUCGUCUCCGGCGGUCUCGCUUGGGCUUGGCCGGGCGGCGGUGAGAUGGACAACAUGAGCACCCAUCAUCAGAACUCGAGCAGCAGCGCGAGCUCGUGGGAUCUCGACAUGAGCCUCGGCACCCACCACCAUCCUCUCCUCUUCGACCACCACCCCUCCGCCGCCGCCGCUCCCCCUCCGCAGCCGCAGCAGCCAUUGAUACCCUUCCACCUCCACCACCACCACCAUCUAGCAGACCCUUCCCCUUCUUCUUCCUCCCCCCACUUCUUCCAUGGCCUCGAAUUCCACCACCAACAAGAAGAGAUUCAGAUGAGGCCGCCGCCGCCGCCGCUGCAGCAAGAGCAGCAGCAGGGAGCGGCGGAGGAGGCAUUGACGGCGGCGGAGGCGGAGGAGGAGCUUGGGGCGAUGAAGGAGAUGAUGUACCGGAUCGCGGCGAUGCAGCCGGUGGACAUCGACCCGGCCACCAUCAAGAAGCCCCGCCGCCGCAACGUGCGGAUCAGCGAGGACCCGCAGAGCGUGGCGGCGCGCCACCGCCGGGAGCGGAUCAGCGAGCGGAUCCGGAUCCUGCAGCGGCUCGUCCCCGGCGGCACCAAGAUGGACACGGCCUCCAUGCUCGACGAGGCCAUCAGGUACAUCAAGUUCCUCAAGCGCCAGGUCCAGGACCUCCAGUCGCCACCGGCGCCGGGGACGACGACCACCACGGCGGCGGCGGCGUAUCAUGGAUCAGGAUCAGGAGCUGGGCCGAGCAGGCCGCCGGCGGCGUUCCUGGCUGGGCCGAUGGUGGAUUGGGCCGCGGGGCUCACGGCGGCCAGGGGGGAAGUGCAUGGGCCGAGCUCCGAGUCCACGAGCUCGUCCUCCAUGGGCGGCGCGCUCGGCUUCGGCUUCAGCGGCGGCGGGCAGAGCAGCCAUGGGAUGCACUGAGGAAGAACAAGAAGAAUUAAUCGGCUGUGUUCUAUAAUAGGCGACGGAUGCAUGGAUUAACUAGCUACUAGCAAGCAUGUUCUUGGAUCAAUCAAUAUAUGAUGAUGAUGACUAGCAGCAGAGAGGUAAUUUUGAUUUAAUUUCCUCCUAGCUAGUUCCUUCUUCUUUCUUCUUCCUCUUCUUCUUUGAGAGUUUGUUCAUGUACUGCUGUUGAUCGAUCAAUAUCAAUGUU